AUGGUUUUUCGAUCCUCUUUGCUCUCUCUAUCUGUUAUACAGUUUUAUGUAUUGUCUGCUAAACAAGAAUUACAAAUUCGAUUGUAUGGAUAUUGGAAGUUUAAAGCUUUGCUUUUGGACAGAAUCUACCUACAUCGUACGAAUGAGGAACUUGAGUUCAUUUACUGCGUUGUUUAAACAUUCGUAAGGCAGAAUUUCUGCAGCUUAUUUGGGCAUCAUCUGGAUAGAAGAAGCUUGUGCAAAUCAAGUUUUACACGUGGGUCUUGCCCACGAAUGUACACGGUUAAUACAUGGAUUGGUUGAUGAGGGCAUUAUACUGCUGAAAACCUCAUAAAUUAGCAUGCAUUAUGCUCGAGAUGCCUUUUUGGACUUAUUUAUUGGUUUCUUUUAUUUGCUUAGGAAUUCAAAGUGUUUUACGAGUCAAAGUUUGGAAGGAAGAAGGAGACAGAAAAACAAGAGGUAUUGAGUCACUCAACCGACUCAAAAGACUGCUGCCCAAAUAGCACAACGCACCUGAACGGAAGCUCCAAGAUGGCACCCGACCUGGCUGUGUUCGAACAGUUUGAGAUCCAGGUGUUCUUCUGUUACCCGUAUGUUUAUGCUGUGAUGUCAACGUUGUGGAGCAUUUUAUCAGUUUUCCUUCAAUGCAUCUUGAAAUCAAUCGUUUCAAGUGUGUGAUCCUUGUAUUCUUCUGUUUUUUCAGGAUAACAAUGCUGCUAGAGAUCCUGGAGUGAAUGGACCCAGAGAAAGACCGUAAGAGAUCCAUUGCCCUUCAACCCUUCUUAAAUGUCCUUUGGCUGGUUCUAAGCUUCACUUGGACACAUGCUCUUACACCUUGCAACCAUGGUAUAUCACGACUCAUAACAAUGUUCACUGAUUACACAGAAGUUCAGGCUGUUGUUGUUUUCUGUGGUUUGCUUCAGGCAUGUAUGUCUGAGAAAUAACCGGCCUUGAAAAUUUGAUGCAAAAAAUGUUUUAAGAAUAUAAGAACAAAGUAAAAUAAUGAAAAUAGGUUAAUGUUAUGUAUUCUUUGAGGUCAGCUAUGGAUUGUGGUGAACAAAUCUAUUGGGAUCAAAAUCUAAUCAAGUCUUUAACUAUCAAAGAGGAUUAUGAAAUUCUCAAUCAGUAUUAUCAUGACACACAUGCUCUAAACUUCGUUGUAAGAACUUUUAUAUCAAUGAUGCUGAUAAAAUAUUUGAUAGUGGUCCACUGAGAGGAAUGGUUUGUUUUAAUUAUUAUGCCACCAUUUAGCUCGCAUCAGUCACCUUAAUAGUUAUAUUUUUGACUGUUAAAGCAUACUCUAGGUUUCAAAAAAUUGUGAAGUUCGUAUUCCAUUUUCAUUUUAUAAGCAAGAACAUAAUUAUACUCUUGUCCUCUUCAUUUAUCUAUUUAUCUUCUUCUAGACUGUUUGCUGUUAGAAAUACUUUUGAUUGCAAUUCUUAUAGCUUUGGUGAUGUAGAAUUAGUACAUAUUUUUCACAAAAUUGUUGCUCAUGCUGACACUUCUUCCGGAGGAGUCAUUUUAUUUUCCACUUUGUCAUUGCAGGCAAAAAUCACUUCUUCCUCCCUUCGAAUCUGCUGAAAUGCGUACUUUGGGAGAAACCUUAUGCAGGCAACUUCGCAAUUUUCUUAACUAAACGGGUCUCCUCUGGAUUGUUUAUAAGCCAUUUAUAUAAUAAGUCAACUGAGAAUCUUUGUCUUUCUAUAUAGGGACAUCAUUCGUGGGAGUCCGGAUGUCAAAUGGGAAAGCAUUAAGGGAUUAGAGAAUGCAAAACGACUGCUUAAAGAGGCAGUUGUCAUGCCAAUAAAGUAUCCAAAGUAGGUAAUUUAGUUGUCGGUUUUCUGUGAGUCUUUUGUCAAAAGCAGUGCCUUGCUAGUAGAAACUUCUAAUUUAUGCUGACUACAAAGUGUAAUGACAAGGAUGCUAUAUUAUUCUGCUCCUUUUUCUGUUCAGUGUCUUGACAAUUUCAUUUAUGCUGAAAUUUAGUAUUUCUGCAUCUGGAUGUCACUUGUUGACUGUCCUAAAGAAUUAUCAGCAGUUAACAUUUCCAUGUCUGUAUGAUCUCUGUGAGAGACAAUCCUUAUCCAGUGAAGUUCCCAUGCUAUCAGAGCUGAAGGAACCUCCUUUAAGCUAUAGGAACAUUUACUUGCUUUGUUACCCUCCAAAUAGCCAACAAAAGAGUAGGAAAUAAUCAGAUUCCAUCUCUUUCGUUCUGAGUUCAAAGGGCAAGCGGAAGCACUCCGUUACAGCAACCAAACAAUACGUGAUUGUAUUUCAUUAUUUGUGUGGUAGAAGACCUACUAUAUGUACUUUUAUACAGAAGACCAGGCCAUGGUUAUUUAGGCUCAAAGAAGUAGAAAUCGGGUCUUCUAUUUCUUUUUGGGAACGUGGGAAAGGUGGAAUAAUGUUCGCAGUCGGUUAGUUGAACAUAUAGUUGUAGAUGGAGGCGUUGGAGGUGGCAAAUGAAGAACCUAGGUUAAGAUUAGAAGCACUGACUUGGAUCACUCCUCCCACAGCGUUCCCCUAUAUCUUUUUGGGCUUCUUGCUGCCGAUGCUAGGUCUUCUAUCUGUUUUAUUAGUUUUUUAUUUUAUUUUCACUGCUGGCAAACUAUCAUUUUCUCGAUCCAAGGUUGAUGGCCAAGGCCUGUUGAAAUGAUGGUUGCAUGUUUGUCUGCUUCAAGUGCUAACGAUAUUUAAAUGUUUUCUAUACACUUUUAUGCAGUAAUCAUUGCCAAUAGAGGUUACGGCAGAAUAGAGUAUUCCUUCUGUCAUUUGUGUCGUUUCAAUUCUCUAGCAUUAUUGGAUAAAUUCACUGAAAGAUUUGCCAUUCUGUCCCGAUAUCUUCCAUUUAGUAAUGUCUGAGAACAUGAUUACAAAAUAGUAAUCUCAAGCCCUUUGUGGUUCACUUCCAGGUACUUCACUGGUUUGUUAUCUCCUUGGAAGGGUAUUUUGCUUUUUGGCCCUCCUGGAACAGGCAAGGUCUGUAUUCAUGAUACCCGAGAAAUUCACCCGUUUCAUCUAUUGUCAAUAAAGUAUGUACUAUUUCCAAUUCCAUGGCAUAACGUAUAACUUUUUUUAACAAUUCAUUUCCCCCCUACAAGAAAGAAUACGCUUAAGGCUUUCCACCAUGAUGUUGAUGUGAUGACUAUUUUACUGAUUUGAUUCGAUUAUGGUAUUUAUAUUAUAUAAAACCACCCAGAUUGAGGUUUCACAAAAAGCAUGUGAAACACUUCCUUUGCUUAAGCUAAAUUUUUCGGUUUUGAGCUUAGCGAAAAAAACGGAACACUUCCUUUGCUUAAGCUAAAUACGAGCCGUAAGCAUGUGCCUGAACUUAGCUCGUAGUUGUAAUCUAGGCAGGUUCCAGGGUUGCUUAUCCGUGAUUUUGAGCCUGAUUAAGUUCCAAUCAGGCCUCCGAUCGAACUAAACAGCUUGGUUAUAUUAUAGUUUACUUCCUACAGAUAUAAUAAAUAGCAUGGUAUCUAUCGCCAGGAGUGAACGGUUCUCCCGUUUAUCGAAAUUUGUAAUUUAGGCUCAGUCCUUUAGAUACUCUGUGAUGCUUAAUCCAGAACAAUUUAUUGAAUAACUAGAAUGAAUUUUAACAUAUUCGUGACUCCCAAUUACUCUCAUUUGCAUCCUUUAUUGAGAGAUUUACUUCGAUUACCCAUCACUGUGUAGCAUUACUUGAAUUACAUAAGCAUAUUCGAGGAAAAUUGCAUUUAAAAGUGUUGCAGAAAGUUUAAGACAUUAGUUUGGGAUUUGGUCUGACAUUGGCCAGAAAACUGAUCCCACAUCAGUUUUUAUGCAGCACUGUGACAUAGAAAGGGAAGUUUUUAUGUCAUUCAUUGGAGGUCAAGGGGGACGGCUUUUGGGUGUUUUCAAGUGAAAGAGAGGCUGGUUUUGAGGUUUACAUGGUUCGAAUAGGGCUGAUGUUGGGAGUAAUAUGUUACAUUGCAAGAAUAUAUAGAAAAAAUCUGAAAGAAACUUCUGAAGUGCUAGGUGACAUGAAUUCUCACCUGAAGGGGCACCACUUGGCUGUCUCUAUUGCUCAAACAAGACGGAGCUCUAGGAUUCAUUCACCUGCAUAUUUGAGGUGAUUGAGACUGCAUUUAACACCCUACUCGUGAAAUUAUUUGUUCUUUCCUUGUUCUUUGAUGGACAUUAGUCUCUUAUUGCUAAUAAUUAGCUUUUAUUUUUCAUGCUUCCACCCUCUGCCCUUGAAAAGGAGGGAGAGAAAAUGAGAGAGAGUACCAUCCAAUCAAGGUUUGGCGUUCAACAAUAUCAUAUGUCAGAGUUCGUAAUAAAUUUGUAAGAUAUUGCUGAAAAUUUGUGACAAGAUCAGUGAUCCAUAUCCUGUAGGUAAACGUCAGUUGACAUCAUAUUGCUUAAAGACAUCGAUCAUUAUAAAUCCAUCAUCAGAUGGGUCUAGAUGUUUUUUCCCUUCUUUCUUAGGCUGCUGGUGGUUCAAGCUCCCAUAACUUCUCACAUGGACGAUAGAAAGGAUUUCUGUCUAGACAAUACCCACAGGGUUCCCCUCGUCCCUUUAUACUCAGUAGCAUGCGCUCCUGCAAUUUAUGUUGGGAGUCAUUAAAAUGAUUGUUUCAUGGAAGUUAAAUUUCAUUGAAUAUUAAAAGUGUACUAAAAUAGGAAUACAAAAGCAUAUCCCCAGUGUAACGAAGUUGCAGACCUGUUUUCAUCUUUUGUUGUUACUUACGGUCUCAUAUGUUACUCGCCUGUCACUUAAAAUCAUAUUGGAAAAUCAGAUUUUUUUUGACAACAUGUUAUAGUAGUAAUUCUGCACGGGACAGAGUGAGAGAGAUGUUUUUAGAUUCACAGGUAGGAUAAUCUUCCCUUCUUGACAGACUUGAGUUUAUUACAUGGUCUUCAUUAUUUUCGAGUGGACAAUAGAAUUUUUUUUAGAGGGUUUUCGAGAUGAUAUCCGAUAUUGCUUUCAUGCCCCCGGUCUUUAAAUAUUUAAUUAGUGCGUGGUACAGUCAACUUUCGAAAAGAUAAUAUUGGUACUUUCUUGUUAUUGUACGAAUUAGUUUUGGCUCUGGAUAUGUGACUGAUUUCUGCAAGAUGCAAAUAAAGUUGGUUCUCAACUUAUCUUGCAGACUAUGCUUGCAAAAGCUGUUGCAACCGAGUGUAAGACAACUUUUUUCAACAUCUCGGCAUCAUCAAUUGUGAGCAAGUGGAGAGGUAUGCCAGGAUUACCUCGAAUUAUAUCUUUAUGUUCUACGGAUGUCUGUGAUAUUUUUCAUUAUGUUCAAAAUUUUAUGGGAAAUCAUAGUCAUAAAAUAUUUUAUGUUUUAAUGUGCAAAGGAAAUGGAAAACUUUUUGUGGCAUUAUUCUUCCUGAGGUCUGUCUGAGGUCAUAGUUGGAUUGGUGUUAAGACAACAUAGACAUACAUAAAAGAGAACUUCCUCUGUCACAGAGGACAGAGGGGAGGAGUGGCGGAUACCACAACCCAUCAACCCCUCAGCAACCUCUCACACCUCUUAAAAAGGAAGGAAACCCUACCAGAACCUUUCCCAAAAUACCCUCAAUAUUUUACAGUAUUUCCCUUAGAACUUCCAACAAUUGGCAUAUGACUUUGUGUCAUCUGCGGUUUUGUUGUUAGAAUGGGCAUAAUUUCCUGGUCGAAAUUAUUCUGCAUUUUCUGGGAAAGUGGACAGGACCACAUGAUCCUCUGUAGAAAAUUUGAAAGGUGUUCAUGAGUGAAAAAUGUGAGGUCUAAAAGAGAAACACUUGUGCACCAUUAUAGUCUUACUCUAAACUUUAUGACAAAAUGAAGAAAAAUGUUACAGAGCCAGUAACCCCCAAAUAGUUGGAACUGCUUCCCUCCUUUCACAAAAACAUCACCCAUUCAUUUGACGUGUCAUAAGCCUGCAAAACAACCUAAAAUGUUAACGUGGCUUCCCCUUUAGAAAUAUGUUGAUUCUCUCCACCGAUUCAGUUUCCCUGACCAAUGAUGGCGGCCUAAGUCUAUUGAAAGGACAUGAAUGUUUCCAUGUAAAGAUCUAUCUUAAGGCGUAGUUACUUCCAUGUUUCUUCGGUAAAGGAACUUCCGUGAAAAACUGUCCCAAAUUUUCUUCAUCCUUACCACACAAGCAACAAGCUCUAUGGAUUGACUAAAAAUUAGACUUAAGUCGGCUCCACUGGGAGAUCUCCGAAUGAAAAUCUUUACUUUUACCUGAGAUCAGUUGCCCUGAAUCUGAGGAUCUACAAGAUGUAUAAUGCCUUCAAUGGAGAUGAUUUGAUCAGCUGAUUUAUCUGAUAAAUGAUCAUAUUUUUUCCAUCUCUCCCUCCACAGCUCUGGCUCUUGGGUUUCUGUUAGCAGAGAGGGGAGCCAUCUAUUCUUUAGUGGCAAAUGCUUUGCUAUGGAUGGCCUCUGUCCCUCCUCUGUUAACGAAACGGCAUAGAUUUCGCAAAUAUGAUAUUCGAUGUCUUCUUCUCUAGUAGUUUUUUUCUCCCUAGCUAGUAGAAAACAGAUCCUCUUCCUCCUCGUGAGCCUAUCUUGUUAAAAUAAGUGCUAUUAUCUGUCCACCUUGCACAUAUAAAUCCCAUGAUCUCUGCCACCAAUAGCAUUCUUCCUAGAAACAAAAUUAUCUCCCCUUCUAUUUCAAUGUCUCCCUAUGCUACCUGCCAUCAUCAUCAUCAAACAUACAAUCUUGCUUAAGUGCAACGAGUCCCUCUUUUGUUGAUUCUUCAUUAUUCCCAAAGCAGGUCCGGCUAGCCCCCCAUUUGGAAUGAUCAAGGUCCAGUCUUUUCAGCUACCUUAUUAAGUACCCAUGGCCAACAAGGCUUCAAUAACUGUACUCCAAUUCGAUGGCUUUGUUAAUAGCCUUGACCAUGUCUCUGUUUUACCCUGUAUUAUCUUGUGAUGCAAAACUAGCCCCUGAUCAUGUUGAUUCUGUCCUACUGGUUUCAUGGCCACGCCUAAACUUAAUGACCCCAUUGACAAGAUUGUGAAUGCGAUGUGUAGGUGACUCAGAGAAAUUGGUGAAAGUAUUGUUUGAGUUGGCCAGGCAUCAUGCUCCAUCUACCAUAUUUCUUGAUGAGAUUGAUGCAAUCAUCAGCCAGCGUGGGGAGGCUCGCAGUGAGCAUGAAGCCAGUCGGCGUUUAAAGACUGAGCUACUUAUACAGGUGGAUCACUUCGCUUCAUAGAUACUUCUCUUGUUGUCCCCAUCUUCUGCCCACUGAUCUUUACAACAAUGAACUACAUUUUUAUUCACACAACGGUGUUCAUAGUCGGCUUUAGAGUGCAGAUGGAUGGACUGACAAAGACGAAUGAGCUUGUAUUUGUUUUGGCCGCAACAAAUCUCCCUUGGGAACUUGAUGCUGCCAUGCUUCGACGUCUGGAGAAACGGGUACUUUAUACUCCUUUACCAUCUGCAUGCAUGUUUCUAGAUGUUUUAUUCAUAAUCAUUUUCAGUUUGGUGCUAAAAUUUCUGACACUAUAAUUACUGUCAUUUGAGAAGACAUGAAUUGAAGAUAAAAUGCACUUAGUUCUUCAGGUGAUCUAUUUAUUUUCCAUUAGUAGCAUCUCAUUGCGUAAGAGAGAGAAAAUCGCUUUUCUUCGACUUGAAUGCAUAAUUAAUGUCAUCAAAUCUCUGUGCAACAGUGGUUUGCAUGCAUGAGCCACUCUCGUGGAUUUACUUUAUUUUUAUUUUAAGUUUGAAUAUUGUGGAGACCGAAACUGUGAGGAAAGAAAUUAGUCUAUUAUCCCCUGUCAUACAAAGCCUAUUACCCCCAAAAUAAAAGAAUCGCUCCAUUGAUUUGAUGCCUUCCAUUAUCUAAUCUACUUAUAUGUAUGUAAACAUACUUUUCUGUAAACUGAGGAUAUGAUGAUGUAUCAAUGGAAGUUUUUAAAAAAAUUAAUGUGCACCAAAUGUUCCACCAUGCUCACUAUUUGAUCUCCCUUGUUUCUUCCGUUCUUGGUUUUGUUGAUUUGGUGGUCUGGAUCAUGAUUAGUCAUCAACCCUUCCUCAUGUAAUUACCCUCGGCAGAUCCUCGUGCCCCUUCCAGAACCGGGAGCAAGAAGAGCCAUGUUUGAGCAACUCUUGCCAUCUGAGCCUGAACGGGAGAUGAUCCCAUAUGAUCUGCUGGUUGAAUCCACAGAAGGCUACUCAGGUUCUGACAUCCGCUUAGUAUGCAAGGAGGCUGCCAUGCAGCCAUUGAGACGGCUGAUGACCCACUUAGAAGGACAAGGAACUAUUCCCGAAGAAGGUAUUCCUACUCUUCUUUUAAGAUUCAUACAAUCUUCUUUUAGAAAUUAAAUAUCCUCUGAUUUCAUAUCAAAAUUUCCAAUCUCUUCAAUAAUAUCUUCACGGUGCAAUUGUUCUGCUAUGCAUUAAUCAAGUUCCCGAGAGCCCACCACAGAAUUGAAUACAAUCUGAUCUGUAGCGUUUAACCAUUCAUAGAAAUUUCUGAUCUCCACUUGGUACGACUGUUACAUCUCUUCUUAAUCAACCUGCAGAGAACACCGAGAAUUAAAAAGGAAUUAUUUUAGAAAAUAAUUACGCCAUGUUUCACUCAUUCCCUCUGCAGUUUUUAAUCUGCUCAUAAAGAUUUCUGAAAAUACACCAAGACUUUAUGUAAUCUAUACCUUCGGAAAAUAGUUGUCUUUUUUUCAUUCAUUCACUCACUCUCGCUGUAGGUUUGAACUAUUCAUAGAAAUUUAUAAUUUCCGCGUGAUAAAUGAACCAAUUUUAUAUUUUUCACAUUACAUUGAUAGAAUUUCAUCCUCAGAAUCUUUUAUGAAUAGUUUGGAUUCUUUUCAUAUCAACCCUUUUUUUUUGGUGCGCAUCAAGAAAUAUGGAAUUUCAUUUAUAAUCUACCGGGUGCAUAUGUAAAUAAUAUUGAAAUCUGCAGACCAAUUUUUGUUAUCAUAUAUCCAUAUUCAUGCAUCAUCAUCUCUCAGAUUCCUCAGUUCCUGGAAAUCUUUGCUAAUUUAAAGCAUAAUUAAUGGAUGGGAUUCGGCGGCUAAGAAGAGAACUGAGCUCGGUUUACUCGAAAGGGUUUCACAGUCUCCCCUCUUGGCUUGCAGAUCUGCCGCCAGUAGGCCCCGUCAUGCCUGGAGAUAUUGAGGCAGCCUUGAGGAACACGAGGCCGUCUGCCCACAUCCAUGCCCACCGCUAUGAGAAGUUCUACCAGGAUUAUGGGAGCCAGAUCCUCCAUUAG